UCGGUUGACGUCGCAUUACGCCCACACGCCCUCGGAAAGGCAGCUGUCUUACAGGCAGGACGACGCGGCACGGCUCGGCAGUCGGUGUGAAUGAACGGUUUCGAGGACAGUGUUGGAGGCACGCCACAGUGGCAGGAUGUGUGGCACAGCUCCCUCGGCGUGAUGCCGACAAUCCGAAGCCCUGUCAAAUGCUAUUUCCGGCGAUCCCAAUGCGUGUGUUGUUUGACAGGUUCCCGCAAUACGAACGGCGGGGGACGGUGGGAAAUGCAGGUCUUGGACCUUUACAGACAAUAGGACGCCCGUGGUGGGUUCGCAGUGUCACGCUAGGGUGGUUCUGCUUGAACACGCUAAGUCCGUCCGCUGACGUGCGGCUGCUUCCUGGCGCUUGGCGGGAAAUAAAGAGGCAGACCGGUGCGCCCGUUGCCGUUCUUUCCCCCCGCCAAGGCGCGACUGCAUUGUCCGAUACUUGGCAGCGACGAUCGCUGGACGCGACUGGCAGGAAGGCAUGCGACACACGAGACAUCGAGGCUGCCUCUCGGGGGCCAAGUACGCGAGUAUGGCCAUCUGAACGGCAGCAGAAUCGCGCAUCUUCACCAGAAUACGCGGCUGCAAGUGUCUACGGCACCUUGACAGGCCUCGCGAGUGGUUACGUCAGUCCCAGACGCGCAAGACCUUGGACGCGCGUAUUGGCAGGGCUGGUCUCCCAGGACACGCACCACGACAAGCCGGCACGAACGGCUCGUCCCAGGCUUGGACAAUCUCACAAAUCUCCACCCGCGACGCCCAGCGUGCCCGCCGCACACGCGACCCUCUGCCGAAAAUAGUCUGGCGCCUCCAAGCUCUUCAGCGCAAAUGCAUGGCAGAAGGGGGCCUCAUCCCCUGUCCACGCGGCGGGACGACGUAGACAAGCGCCUUCUUAUGUGCGAGGGCGGGCUCUGUUGCGGACUGAUAAGGACCUACGUAUACGUCUAAUCGCCUGAGGCCUGCUACCUGUGAAUACCCAUCGCCGCACAUUCGGCCACCGCGCCUACCAUACCUUCGAGCCUAUC